AUGGGAAGUGCUCGAGAGACAAUGUUGGUUUACGUCGAGGAACUGGAACUAGACUCCGAUCGCCUAGAAAGAUCGCCCAAGCACGGCGAAGAAGCCGAGAAAGGAAGACGUCGAGAACUCCUCCAAGAACGAGCUUGCUACAGCGAAGAAGAAGCGAAGGUGGUUCUAAAACGACCGAGAACGCAGCUCUGUUUGGAAGCAAAUGCUGGAUCGACAGGGGCUAUAUAUCAAGGAAGAAAGCCUGCUGACUCGUCAAAGCCAUCUGAGGAAGAGAAUCCAUUUCGUAGUAGUACUGCUCUCCUUGAUGGAGCAAAGGCGAGCCUUGUUCGUUCCGGAAAGAAGGAAGAAAAUGGACGAAGACUUGGCCGCUGGCGCUGGGUUCUUGGCGUCUUCCCUCUCAUGGCGCCAGUGGACUCGGAUCUGCUGCGCGCGCUGGAGCAGCUCCAGGACGCCGCCGAUGCGGUGUUUGGGAGGAUUGCGAGCCGCGUCGGGAUGGAGCGCGAGCGAUUGCAAGAUCUGUCGAGGAGGAUCCAGGCGGUGAAGGCGAAUGUGGAUUCUAUCUCCGGGUCGAGGCAAGCGAUAACGGUGCUAUCGAGCGCGAAAUAUCCACAGGUUUCUUCCGAUGCUGUGGAUUUCAAGCCGCUGUUUGGAGGACACGACGAGCCUCUGCCAGUCUUCAAAGUAGAGCUCAAUAUGGGGAAUUUUCAGGAGGAUGAAAACGAAGGAACGCUGGAGCUCUUUCGUUUUUUCAUGGAAACUAGCCAUGAACGAUUAAAUGUUACACCAAUGCACAAGGAUGAUGCUGAUUUUAAUGAUAGAUCCAUAGCAGACGUUCUUCCUGAGCAUACUAAACUACCAGAACAAGCUACAUCCGAGGCUUCUGGAAAAUCUACCACGCUUUAUCCUCCACCCAGAGUCUCACUCAAAGAAACAGCUGCUCCAGGUCUAGAAGAGUAUGGAUUCAAGCCGACAUUGCGUCAAGUUCCUCUGUUCACUUUGCCUUCCAAAAUUCCGGACUUGCCUAUGGUGGCGGAUAUUAGCUGGACAGGCUCGAGGACUGACGUUCAGGAGUUAACAUCAAUCGUGCCUUCGGCAAGCAAUAAAAGCUCUCAAAAGCUAGAUGCUCCCAAAGCUGAAGAAUCGAGAAAUCCUUCUCAAACUACCGUUCCUCCUGCACCGAAAAUGGAGGAGGCUCCCGUGCCGCAACUACGUCCACCCCAGGCGCCCCCUCGACUAAUUUCUCAGAACACGAAGGACGAUAGAGGAAAAAGCAUAAUCCCUCCGCCACCACCACCAUUGCCUUCUCCACCUAUGAUAAGCAGCACCAUGAACCCUGGGGCAGCAAGCAAGGACAAGGCGUCUGCAUCCUCAUCAACUCCUCCACAAGCUAUUCCUCCAAUUGAACCGAAUAGAGCAGCACUCCUUGCGUCCAUUCGAAGUCCAAACAUCAAACUAAGAAAGACUGACGUGUCCGAGAAGACAUCAGAACCAACUCAAGAGGCCGAGCCUCCGCAUUCUAAACAGGCGGACCUGCUUGCUGAGAUGGCGUCGACGCUAAAAAUGCGAAGGCUUUCAAUGAAAGGCGCCACUCACGACAUGUCUAAAGGUUCCGACACUGGAGCAAGCUCGUCCGCGAGGUCUCCGUUGCCGGCAAGUUUUAAUCGUCUCGUCUUUGGCCAAAGCUUGGAUGAUUUUUUCUCCUUUUUUGCAGAUUGCAAACUUGAAAGCGUUCCUCCCACAAACUUCUGGCAGUGAUGGAGAUGAAGAUGAUUGGGAAGAUUAAAGAGAUGGAUUUCACGUUUGAAUUGUCCGAAGUGACAAGCGCCGUACACGUGGCAUGCCAAGUGGCAGGCGCAACGCAUCCAAUGAUCUGGAUAUGUUUGAAAUUUGGGGAAUAUUUCCCAAAUG